AUGAAGUCGAAAGAUGAAAUUUUUGACGAAAUUCUGGGAAAAGAGGGCGGUUACGUCAAUCACCCGGAUGAUAAAGGUGGUCCGACUAAAUGGGGCAUCACUGAAAAAGUUGCCCGUGCACACGGUUAUCAGGGCGGAUAUUCGCGCCUCGAAAUACUCGAGGCGGACUACUGGUACGGACCACGAUUCGACCAGGUUGAGGACCUGUCUCCUGAUAUUGCCGCAGAGUUGUGCGAUACGGGCGUGAACAUGGGGCCAACUGUGGCGUCCAGAAUGCUUCAACGCUGGCUGAACGUUUUCAACCUGCGCGGGAAACUCUAUCCGGAUAUGGAUGCAGAUGGACGCAUCGGGCCGCGUACUCUUAAUGCAUUACGGGCAUAUCUGAAAAAUCGCAGCAGGGAUGGUGAACUGGUACUGGUGAAAGCCCUGAACUGUACGCAGGGCGAGCGUUAUCUGGAGCUGGCAGAGAAACGCGAGGCCAAUGAGUCGUUUGUCUAUGGCUGGAUGAAAGAGCGCGUGGCUGUGUGA